AUGUUCUACUCGCACCAGCUACUGGCUCGGAAAGCCCCGCUGGGGAAGAUUUGGAUGGCGGCAACAAUGCACGCCAAGAUCAAUAGGAGAAAGCUCGAUAAGCUCAACAUCAUCAAGAUCUGCGAAGAGAUUUUGAAUCCAUCAGUUCCUAUGGCUCUCAGACUCUCCGGAAUUCUCAUGGGUGGCGUUGUGAUUGUCUACGAGCGAAAAGUCAAGCUCCUCUACGACGAUGUUACUCGUCUUCUGGUUGAAAUAAACGAAGCGUGGAAAGUGAAAGCUGCUCCAGAUCCCACUGUCCUACCCAAAGGAAAAUCUCAUGCCAAGAAAGAAGCUGUGACGCUGCCUGAGAACAAAGAGACAGAUUUUGGGGAUGUUGAGCAGUCCCUUAAUUUUUCCAACACCACAGCCACCAUGGGCUUUCAACAAACCACUUAUUUUGGCUUGCGACUUGAUAGUGUGGAUGAACCUUAUAUUAACGAUAAUGCCAAGGAGGAAGAUCCUAAUCAAAACUUUCAUCAAGCUAAUGCUGACAAUAUCACCUUAUUCGAACGCUUUGAUUCAUACCAAGCUAAUGCAGAUCUGUACAAUCGCUUUGAAAGAUUUGAUAUUGAAGGGGAUGAAGAUACGCAGAUGAACUUCACUUCAGGAGAGCAUACACAAAUUCCAACAACACUUAAACCGUCCCCACCUCCACAAGAAGAGCCUCAAAGAGCUGAGGAAUUUCAAUAUGAACAACCAGAUCACCAGGUCAAUCAGCCAUCACAUGAAUGCAAGGGAGCUAGACAGGAUCAAGAGAGGCUGGUGCCAGUAAAAAGGAAAGCAAGAAGAUCACCAGCAUCUGCCAUGGAUUAUGAACAGACCAUGAUUCCUGGUCAUAUAUACCAGUCUUGGCUUCAAAAUGCUUCAGACAUUGUCUCAAGAAGAGGAAGAAAGAGAAAGCAUGCGGAUAUCAUGUCUACCAUGAAGAUAGUUAACCUCAUGGAGCUGCCACCUGUUGUACUAAUUGGUGAUUUAUUUAUAAAUGGAGAUAGAGCAGUCUAUUAUCCCCCACCCCUUCUGGAGUUAUGGAUGAAAAGCACCCAACCUCCCCAUGACUCAGCUUCUGAAAGAACCUCUCCACCCAUGCCCCCAGAACCAUCGUCAUCGUCAGCUCCAGAAAGAGUGCAUUUCCAAGACCCAAAGGGAUUUCCUUUUGAAGAUUUUCAUAGUGGAGUCGGCUCUGAGUCACUGGGAGCUCCCAUAGAGAAGCAACGGAGAAAUAUUGUCAACAAUGACAUACCAACUGAAAUCCUCAUGGACGAACUAAGAGCCAACCUCAUGAACAAUGGGGUGAGGGUAGGUGAAGCCAAUCUGAUGGUCACACCUGGAAAUUCUGAUGAAGUAAGAUCCAUUCCUAGCUCAGCAUCUGGACAUGGUGGUCUCUCACAUAAUUCAGAAGUCAAUUCCGGAAGGAAAAGGCCUUAUUCUUCUUCGAGACACAGUAGUGGUGGUCUAGAACCUGUAGCAGAGGAGAAUCCAUGGAACCACCCUGACCCAAAUUUCAAGUUAUCAAGGCUGUCUGAAAAUGGCCUGACACCUGAUCAAGAACUAUUUGUGGAAACUGGAGUGACACAAAGCCAACAAGAAAACAUCAAACCCCCCGUUGACAUUAUAACUGAUUCUAUCCGAAUGCAAAUGAAAGCGCAUUUUGACACACCAGGAGCCCCUCAAGUAGAAUCCCUGAACAACCUAGCUACCGGAAUGAAUAGAAAAGGAGCAGCUUUGCUCUUCUAUCAGACUUGUGUUCUGGCUUCUCGUGAUAUCUUGAGAGUUGAACAAACAGUGCCAUAUGGGGACAUUCUCAUCUCUAGAGGAGCAAUGAUGUGACGGAUCUUAUAAAUGCCGGAAUUGACACACUUAUUUUUAGAUCAGGGAAGUAGUAAAGGUACUUUAAAAGAGGUGGGGGGUCAUCCCUGUUUAUUGCGGUUAAUUACGUAUAUUUAGUGAUUUAUGUAGGAGUCCUUUCUGGUAUAACAAGAAUUUUAGUACUCUUAUGUUCUUCUAUUCUAAACCUGACACGUAUUUCACUCACCGAAAAAUGAGUAAUCACAGAUUUCUUUUUCCUAGUUUCUUAA